AUAAUUGGGUUAGCUUUGGAGCAGUGGCGGACGUUGGCAGGUGUGGGGUAGUCGAGUGCGAGGGAGUCUGGCUGCCAUAAAUGCCCAAAGGAGGAAAGGCGGGCGGUGGUGGCAAGGGAGGAGGGAAGGCGGCUGCGGCGGGAGGCAGUAAAAGUGGGGGUGGGAGCAAAUCAAAGAGCAAAGGGGCAGAGGUUGGCGAUGACUCCAGUGGUGGCGGUAAGACCAAGAAAGGGGGCACAGCCGUGAAGGUGAGGCAUAUUCUGUGUGAAAAGCACUCGAAAGUCAUGGAGGCCAUGCAGAAGCUGAAGGAAGGUCAGAGAUUCAGUGAAGUUGCGACUGCCUACAGCGAGGACAAAGCCAGGCAGGGGGUACACUUUCCUCAGAUUUCUCCUCUUCCUUAUUCCACUGACCCUCGUGCUUUUAUCUCGAGUUUUUUUUUUACUUCUUCCUGCUUCUGUAUGUCUUUAUUCUCAUUUUAUCUUUCACUGGGUUGUCUUACCAACUCCCUCUCUUUUCUCUUUCUACUUCCUUCUUAUGUCAUUUAUCCUCUCAUUUUUCACUGGGUUGUCUUAUAUAUCUUUUCCUUUUCCUUGCUUUCUUUACUCUAUCUAACCUCUAUCUUUGCCCUUUUAAAAACAGUGAUGUAAUAGUGAUGUAAGGCGUUUUUCCUCGUUGGCAACACUGCACUAGACAUCUAUGUCUCUCCCUAUAUAUAUAGUUCCUUUUCUUCUCUUUCACUGGCUUGUUUCACCAGUUUCCUCCCCUCUCCCUCCCCACUCCCACCACCACCCAGGGUGACCUGGGCUGGAUGACACGGGGUUCCAUGGUAGGACCAUUCCAGGAUGCUGCCUUUCAGCUGCAGCCCAGCACAGUCGACUCCCCUAGCUACACGGACCCUCCAAUCAGAACCAAAUUUGGCUACCACAUCAUCAUGAUAGAGGGGAAGCGAUAACCCUUGGUUCUGCUCACUCUGCGUGUUUGUGUUGUUGUUCUAUUUGGCAUGCAAAAGUGUACAAUACCAGUGGAAUUUCUGAAUUAUUUCUUUAGGAUAAAAUAACCAUUUUUCCAAUUAUCCGUGUACACAUUACACAAUUACCCUGUUAUCUCUGUGUUUAGUUUUCAUCGUCAGUUCAUACAUUUUGUAAACUUUGUGGGGAAGAAAAAAUGAGU